GUUGCUGCUGCCGUUUGCUUCUUCCCUGUUCAUGGUGUUGUGUUGUUUCGGUUGCUGCUGCUGCUGACGACGACGAAUUGCAGAGAAGAUCGAGGAGAUGCGGUUGAAACUGCUCCACAGUCUGCGGUUCAGUCAGCACGGAAAGCGCCAACAAGCAGCAGCGCAGCAGCUGCAUCAGCGCGGAAGGGCGAUUGUAGCUUGCGGCGGGGGCGGCGGAGCUGCCGGCAGCAGCAGCGACGGCGACGGCGCUAGCGUUGCCGAAGGAGGCGGUGGCGGCGGUGGUGGCGGGGGCUAUGGCGGCGGCGGUGGCUAUGGCGAGGGUUGUGAUUUGGUGCUUGGGGAGCUGAUUGGGGAGGGCACCUUUGCACGGGUGUACCGAGGCUACUGGCGCGGCACCCCGGUGGCCAUCAAGACGCUGGUGCUGCCCGCCUACAUGAGCGGUGCGGAGAAGCGACACAAGAUGGCCAUCAUGGAGGCCGCCAUCAGCAGCAGCCUGGCUCACCCGAAUGUGGUGGCCACAUACACGUAUGUGAUCAAACCGCUCAAGGAUGCCUCGGGCGGUGGUGGUGGUGGCGGUGGCGGCUCCCGUCUCCGUGCAGGCGGGUUCGGGUCGGAGCUCACCUCCUCCGCAAUACUAGUGGGCAGCAGGGACGCUACGGGCGCCAGCAGUGUCACACUGGGCGGCACACCGGGCAACCGGGCGGAGCGGGGAGGCGGGGGUGGCGGGGGUGGUGGGGGUGGGGGCAGGAGCCGCCCGCUGUCGCUACCGCCGGCCGAGGAGGCAGCAACAGCUGCAGACGGCGGCGGCGGCGGUGAUGGAGGCGGAUGCGGCGGCGGCGGCGAAGGGGGCGGUGGUGGCGGUGGUGUCCCCACCAUCCACAGCUACGCGGUGCAGCUGGUGCUGGAGUACUGCGACGGGGGGUGUCUGCGGGAGGCGCUGGAUGCGGGGGUGUUCUUCGGGGCCACCGGCCUCAACGUGCCGGCCAUCCUGGACACCGCUGCUGACGUGGCGCGAGCGCUGCUGCACCUGCACUGCAACGACGUGCUGCACGGGGACCUGAAGGCGGACAAUGUGAUGCUCAAGUCAUGCGGAGGGGAGGGACGGGGGCUGGUGGCGAAAGUGAGGGAGGAGGAGGGAGGAAGGCCCCGCUGCUUUCUGGUUCCGCACAAAGGAGCUUCAAGUGUCAAGGGUUGGGCGAUGGCGGUAGUGGUUGUUUGCACCUCCUCCCCGCAAUACACACACACCGCACUAGCGGCCAGUUACUUUUAACACACCGUACGAGCGGCCAGUUUUCUUCGUUCCGACUCGCGGCCAGCUUUCUGAACACACCGUGCCCCAACCCUCCCCCACGCUGGGUGCCCUGACCUGCCCCCGCCCUGCAUGAGUCGGGAUAUGGGAUUGGGACUCGUUGUUUCACUUAUAUAAUUUUCCCCCCCUUUUCAUUACUCUGUUACCGGUACCCCCCACCACCACCACCACCAGGUCGCUGACUUCGGUCUGGCCAUCAAGAUGGACCACCUCAGCUCGCACGUGUCCUCCACAUUCCAGGGCACCCUCACACACAUGGCGCCAGAGGUGUUGCUGCACGGUCAGGUGUCCCGAGCCGCUGACGUGUUCGCAUUCGGAGUGACGCUGUGGGAGCUGUUUACGGGCGGUCGGCCCUACCCCGGGGUGCCCGCUGCGCUGCUGGGCCACCUGACCAGCCGGGAGGGGCGCCGACCCGCCUUCCCGCCCGGCACCCCGGAGGGUUACAGGCGGCUGGCGGAGAGCUGCUGGAGGGGGGAGGCGGCCAGCAGGCCGAGCUUUGAAGAAAUCCUGGCUACGCUCACCGCCCUCCGAGCGGAAUAUCUCGGCCCCACGCCCUGCCUGUCGUACACCCCCCUCACACCGGAACAACGCCGACUGCAAAAGGCCCGGGAACGGGAACAAGCGAUGGCGCUAGCGGAGGCAGCUGCUGCUGCUGCUUCGGCUGCUGCCGCUGCCGCUACUGCCAAGAACGGUGGCGGCGGGAAGAGUAUCGGUACGGUGGGAGGAGGAGGAGGAGGAGGGGAGCUGUUAAGCGGUAGCAGCGGUGGCGUUGCGGCGGCAGCAGCGGCGUUGAGAGCGCGAUUGAAGGCGGCGGUGGCGGAGAAGGAGAGGGAGAGAGAGGAGGAGAAUGUUCGGAGGAGGUCUGCAUCGACCUCGGCCUCUGCGCCGCUUCCCCUGGCGCAGCAGCAGCAGCCGUACCGGCGCUGGAAUAGCCAUGAAUCCGAAUUGGACUCUCCCUUAAGAACCGGGUACGGCAACAACAACAGCAGCGGCAGCAACGGUCACGACAACCACCACAACCACCACCACCAGAGCGACGGUCCGUUGUUAACCAUUGCUAACGGUCACAACGGAAACAACUACCCCCACAACAACCACCACAACCUCUGGGAGGGCGGCUUCAUAUCGCCGCACCGAACUGCCAGCUGCUACGGCUCUGCUGGUGGGGGUGUUGGUGGGGGCGGCAGCGGCAGCCUCAGCGGCGUGUCUCCUGUUUCGCUGUCUCCUGGCAGGGGCGGAUCGGCAAGCGGGGGGUCAGCAGCAGCAGCAGCUGGCAGCGGUAACGGUGGCGGCAGCAGCAGCGGAGGCGGAGGUGGAGGGUCACGGCGAAGGUCAAGGUCCAGAUCUCGAGCGGACGAGCCGGUUAUAGUGGUGGGUCACCGCAACGUGUCGCUGUCCAUCGCCAUCACCUCCACCUCGGUCGUGUUGGAGCCCAUAUCUGAGACUCGCAACGAGGGGGAGCCGGAGGGCUCCUCGCCCUCGCAGGAGGACAACAUCCUCAUGACGCUGGGGUAGGUGGUGGGGGUGGCGGUGGGGGUGGUGCGGGUGCUGGUGGUGGGGGCGGCAGUCCAGGUAUUAUUAACUCUGGGCUGGGAUGAUGAUGCUGGUGAUGGUGCUGUCUGUCCGCACCUGCUGGGGUGAUGAUGCCGGCAGUCCUGGCAGCAGCCCUGACCGCGGCUGCAAGCUGUUGUUGCUGUGCGGGUGUGGAGGCGUUCGAAUGAUGCGGUGCGGGGGUCUGUACAGCGCAGGGCGGAGUGUGCAGGCAUGUGCCGCUUGCCUCGGAGUGGUGAAAACGGAUGAUGCUCCCUGCACUAACGUAUUGAGGAUGUAUAUGGAUGGGACUUGCUGAGGAACGAGGUGAAAACUGGAGAGCAGAGUUGGGCAAUGAUAACAGUAUACAUUGAAAACGGACGUCUUUUCUCGUACAUAUUGCAGUGCUGCGCAUUGUGGUGCGGGUAUUUGUAUACGCCGUGCACCGUGUGAAUCCGCGAGCGCACGUCUUUCCAGGCAUGUAGGCCUUGGGAACGCCAAUCAAGAUGGAAAAACAGCACGGACUGCAUGGCGACGGUAUGGGACGUCUAUGGGCUGUAUGAUGCUGUGUCGUGCUGUGCUGUGUCGUGCGGAGAGUACCGGUACUUAUUGCCUCGUUCCGUCCUGUUGCUCAUUUUCAUCGUUCACCUUUCGAUGCGCAUUGCUCUCAAACAUGAAUCCAACCCUGAUACGGAGGCGGGGAAGGUGUCCCCUGCUUGCUUGUUUGCUUGGCAUGCAUCCCACAUUAUUAGCAUACCGAUAAUGCUCAACAUCCCCCAACAGAGAGGCGCUUGGUUACGCGUGCUAAGGACAUUUCAUGUGUUUCAGUUGGGAAGUUACCGUAAACUUCGUACUAAUAAGGUCAUGCUUCAACGGCUUAUCCACUGGUUUGGCAAAUUUUCGCAAACCUUGUUCACACACUCCUUGGCUUUCGGAUUAUCAAACUCUUCAAUGGAACCUAUGUUCAAAUGGGUGUUGCUUUCUAAGUAAUUGGGAACAUCCGUUUGGAUUGUAUCAUUUGUAUGCCGCCUACCUGGGUGCAUGCGGGUGGUGGCGGGUCCGGCGAUUACAAACGGACGGAGACUCCUGUCGCGGCAGGUAGCAAAAGGGGCAGCAUGGCCUCCCCUUUUCGUAUUCUGCUGGGCCAUGCAAAUAAACACUGAAUAAACACUUUGCCACACUGGGCUGUAUGGUGAAGGUGCAGGCAGGACAAAGGGCUGAUUUAAGGGCUGUGGAUUUCUUGAGUGCCCCUUGCGGACUAUUGGGCUUGACGAGGGGUGCUGUAAACCCCGGGCAUGCCGCGUACCGUACCUGCUGAGUGGUAAAAACCCUAAAUUCCGUUUACAUGAGAGAUGAGGUGGCUUCACGCUUUGUGGUUAGGGAGGUUGCCGGUGUUCAUACAUUGGUUUGCACCGACCUGCGGGGUUGUACUGGAUAGGACGUGGUGACUAGUAUUGACUGAAUGACAAGGUUGCAUGCAGCGUGUUUUGUGCGUGUAGCCGCGUUGGGUUGGUUGGUUGGGUGGUUGAUGACCAGCCAUGAUGAGUGUGAUGGGUUU